UUUGCGAUUUCAUUCAGUCACUGCACGUCAGUGUAAGCACAAAGCACGCCUCAAUAAUGGGAGAAGUACCCAAAAUUACAGAAUUGCACAAAGUGAUUGAGCCGCAUUUAAAGGGCGCCACACUUGAAUCCUAUGAAAGCCUAUAUCUGACUAAGCCCGGCGAUAAUUAUGGAAGUAUUAUGCUAGCGAUCAAUGCGAAAGUUAAGCAAUCGAAUGACAUCAUUGAGGAUUUGCCACUAAUUGCAAAGUUACCGCCACUUACCAAUGAUUUGUAUUGGCAAAUUUUUCAACCCGAACGGACAUGCAUCACGGAAAAUGCCGUCUACAAGUAUUUGGCACCGGAACUGGAAAAGCUACAGCUCGAAUCCGGCGUACUGCCAAUCCAUCUCUUUGAUGGAUUUCCACGUUACUUUGGUUCACGCAUCUCCCUCAGCACGGAUACCAAUAAAGUGGACAGAGACGCAGUUCUGGUGCAGGAAAACUUAACGGCACGUGGCUAUAAGCCCGGAAAUCGACACAAGCCGUACGAUCUGCAGCAUACCGUGCUCAUUCUGCACUACAUGGCGCAGUUCCACGCCUUGCCCCUCGCCCUGCGUCUAAAAAAACCAAAAGUUUUUGAGCAAAAUGUUCUACCGUAUUUCAAAAAAUUUAAUAUGGGUGACAAUAUGGGACCUGAUACCAAAGAUGUGUUAAACGAUGAAACCUUAAAUGACGUUAAGGAUGUCUGCAAGGGCGAUGACGGCGUUUAUAAGCGCGUAAAAGAAUUACUGGAUAUCUUUGAUAACUUUCAAGCAACUAAAUAUGUAGAGGAUGGGCCUUGGACCUCUAUAGCUCAUAUGGACUUAUGGAUAAAUAACAUGAUGGUCAAAUAUGAUGAUGCUGGUCUCCCCGCUAAGCUUAAAAUUGUUGACUUUCAAAUUGCUCAAUACGAGUCAGUGGUCCACGACCUAAUCUUUUUACUGCUGUCAAGUGUAGAUACGUUGGUGUUGGAGGAAAACUAUUAUCAUUUUCUACGCAUAUACUACGAAGCAUUCGUUCAGUCCUUGCAUACCGUGAAUGUGGAUACAAAAAACUAUAGCUAUGAGGCUUUUCUCAAGGAAGUUCAACGUGUGGCGCAUAUACAGGUGCCACAUGCUCUCUUCAUGACGAAGGUACUCUUGGCCGACAACAAUACGCUUCCAACCGACUAUAAGGAUGUUGAUUUGACGGUAUUAACUAAAAACAGAGGAGGUGAAAAAAUACUAGCUAAAAUUAGUGAAAUUUUAAGGUUGGCUAAAGUGUUCAACAUAUUUGACUAAACUAAAUAUAUGUAUGCACUUUA